UUCAAUAUUUUAGUCUCUGCAACUCGUUCAUCGAGUACAAUCAAAAUGUCUAGACUCACAUUCCUCUUAAUAUGUGGGUUAAUUCCAUCUCUGCUCGCGCAGUGUACUGUGAAAAAAAUAGAACCUCUUUUCAAAAGAUCGGUGUAUGAAUUUUCAGUCGAUUUGUUAACAAGGAUUGCCCAAGAAAAGGAAAAUCACUUCGUAACAUCUACGCUAUCAACAUGGAUCUUAUUGACAUGUACUUCACUGGGUGCGACUGAAACUACCCUUGCAGAAUUAAAACAGGUUCUAAAAUUAGAAAAUAAUAAGUGUUUUAAUAAUAACUAUUUAAAACUUGCAAGCCGUGUUACAAAUAAUAAUAGUUCUGACGUAGUCUUGGAAAGAAGCGCAAGUGUAUACGUUGAUAGUAAGUUAGAUAUCAGAAAUAUAUUUAAAAAGAGAAUUUCAAAAUUUGGUGUUAGCCAAAUUGAAAGUAUAUCAUUUAGCGAUACUGAUAAAGCUGCGCAGUAUAUAAAUGACUUUGCGAGCCGUGCGACACACGACACAAUAGACGAUGUCGUGUCUCCGGGAGAUCUUGAUGAUGUGGUCAUGAUUAUCAUUGAUGCCAUAUACUUCAAAGGGUCUUGGCAAACUCCGUUUGUCUAUGAAGAGACUGAAAUGAGUGCAUUUUAUAAUGAACGAGAUAUUCAGAUCGGUGACGUCAAUCUCAUGUACUUAACUGGUUUGUUUAAUAUUAGAACUAUUCAGAAAAUAAACGCAAAAGUACUUGAGCUUCCAUAUGGGAAAAACAACCUAUACUCCAUGUUAGUCUUUCUACCAACGGAACAAACAUCUCUGUAUUCUGUAAUAGAAAACCUGAAGUCAAUUAGUUUAUCGACAAUAAGAAAACUUUUCAAUGACUUUGGCCCGCAAAUGGUAUCAGUUCAAAUGCCAAGGUUCAAGAUAACAUCAGACCUUACUAACUUGAGAGAACUGCUGGCUGAUAUGGGAUUGAAAACAAUGUUUGACAGUGCCCAAGCUCAAUUUUCAAUAAUAUCUGAUUAUCCGUUGUAUGUUUCAAACUUUGUUCAAAAGGCUGAUAUAGAAGUGACCGAAGAAGGAACGGUAGCAAGUGCUGUUACGAAUGCAGAAUUUUCCUUUAGAACAAUGCCUGAUGAAUUCAUUGCAAACAGGCCUUUCUUGUUUAUGAUAAUUGAUAAGAAAGCAGAGAUUCCAAUCUUUACUGGUGCUUAUUCGAAGCCUAGUUUAUUUUAAGAUGGAAUAAAUAGUCUGUGGCUAUUAUUACAUAAGCCCUUUAAAUACCUAAUGAAAAUAAAACUUAUCUCGCUAUUAAUUUUUACAUAAUUAUUUUAAACCAAACUUUAACAUCACGGAAUUUUAUUUGUGAAAGAAAUAUAUUUUUGUUAUAUUCA